AUGCGCGACGUUGUGGACUCCUGCAUCGACAUCUACAUGCAAUAUGUCUUCCCAUGCUGCCCGAUUGUUCACGAGAAGAGCCUUCGGGAAUCUAAUGUGGAACUCUUCUCAGCACAAUCCAGCUCAUCCAUGUUUAGGACUGAUAAUGAGCAGCAACUUGUGCGUUGUAUGAGGGCCUUUGCUAGCUUAACAGCGGUAUGUGCAGCUGUUUCCGCCAUGAUGCCUCAAACGCUACUCCCAUAUCGCCACUUGGUAGUCCAGCCAUUUCUACGGGCAUCGAGAGAUAUGCUCUAUAUUUACGAAGACUACGAUUUGGAGCAUCCCGACUCAAGCUCACUGAGUAUAAGAAUGUUUCACUCGACCGCUCUUCAGCAUACUACAGGGAAGACAGGAGCAGCGUGGAGCAUCUCCAGCCAGGCUGCACUCCUCGCACAACGCAUGCGCCUCUACAAUGAGCGAGACAUCAGGCGGAGCGACCCCAUCGAGAUGCAAUUGCUGCGAUUUCGGUUCUGGCAUCUCUACGUAUCGGAUCAAGCGGCUUCAUUGAUGCGCAAUAGGGUUUUUGUGCUGCAAGAAUCCCUCUUUGACGGGGACAUGACCCUGGAUCCAUUUGGAGAAGGAGGACCAGGAUUAUUUGACAAGACUCAACUCAGGUAUCAAGACUCAUUUGAGGAUCGCGCAUUCUCGGGUUAUCACUUGACAAGGCGCCUAUGGGCAUCGGCAGCUGGGUUGAUGGCUUCAAUGCGCAAGUACGCUCGUCAAGAAACCCAUUACGAGCCAGAUGCAAAAAGACAAAAGAAGAUGAAAAUGACGGGACAGUUCUUGGAAUUCACGAGCAUGGUCGAUGAACUCCCCCCAUGGCUUGAGUCUCCCGAGACAUUCGAAUUUUCUCAAGACAAAGACGUUCUUACGUUCCAGAGGACUUUUUUCUCGGUCCAGCGCAGCAACCUCAUGUUGGGGCUUCAUUGCUUCCACCUUGUUCUUCUUCAGCAGGCGAUCGAGUAUGGGUUGUCCGACAUCAUGGGCCUACAUGAUCAAGACCUCACGCUAGCCAUGAAAAAGACCGAGAUUAUUCACGAGUUUCUCGUCGAGGUGAACAGGGUCCCUCUUCUCUGCCUUCGUGUUCAAGGAGAGCCAACUGUCGAGCGCUUUCGAAGAGUCGGAAGUGCUCUUCUUGAAGUGAUUCAAAAUGUUGACAAUGAGACAAUCAGGACACGAUCAAGGUCGUACUUGACGCAGCUCCUUGAUACACUGUCGAGGCUGGAUUCCAAAGCUUCAGAUGAGCUCAACAGCGAGCAACUGGCAUAG